CAAAUUCAGAAACGAGCUUUGACAUUAUUGUAUUAGUAAGCAAGUUAUUUACCGCUUAUAAAGCUGCAUUAUUUUGAAGUUUAACAUUUUAUUGAAUAAUUAACCUAGUUUUAAAUCUUAAAUAGUUGUAACACAAAUAAAUCGGUACCUGUUGAAGUAAGCCCGAAAUGUAAAGAGCUGGAUUUAUUUUAAAGUAGCUCGUAUAUUUGAUAAAUGCUACUAUAUAUUUGAACUUAAUUGGUUUAUUCAUAUAAAAAACUAUGCAUACACAACAUAAGAGGUUGUCAGUAAAUCUGACUGAAAGUGUCCUGUAUUAAAAUAAUUGGAAAUGCCCAUGAAGAUUGUGAGAUAAGAUAAUAUAUGUGACAAAAUUGGGAGAGGAGAUUGUAUUUAUAUGUUUAAGUGUCGGAUGAAGCUUAACUACCUUGUAUAAAGGAAUUUUGCUGCAUAUUUGUGUUGGAAUAUUAUAUCAGAUAUCAACAAUCAUGAAGUCAUGCGGGAGAUGCGAUGUUGAAAUUAGCGUUACAUUUGAUGGAAUGGAAACUGUGGAGCCCGUUCCAGAAUGUCUGCAGGAAGCAUUUCUCAGUUCCUCUCCAACUGAUACUGGAACCAGUCAGCAGAAUCACGUGACGUUGCCCAGUAGGUAUGCGCAGUGGAUCAACAACUGUACGGACGCUGAGAAGCAGCAGAUCAGCCGUGAUUUGGCUGAAGAAAAACCGUUGAAACGCGAGAAAGACCUGAGCACUGCUUUAGAGUGGAUAAAACAAGAAAUGGUUAUAAUGAAACAGCAAGACAAGUCCCUUAUGAAACAGUUUGUAACCUUGAGAUCAAAAAUCCUUCAGCUCCGUUGCAUUUAUGAUCUUAGCGACUCGUACUCGGAUCUCAGCUUGGAUGCGAGUACACACUCUUUAGAUGACCGGCCAGAAAGUCCGUACUUAAGCCCCAAUGGUAAUCUGGGUAAUCCAGACAUAGAAAUGACGGAGUUCCGGUCAAGGACGAGUUCUCUGCUUAUUCCAAGAAGCCAGAAAGCAGGGCCUAUCACUCGGAUCAAGUGGAAAAGUCACGAGUACUUGUAGCGAAUGAAAGCAAUGGAUAUAACUAGCAGACGACAUUAGUACUUGAACUCCGAUGCAGACGAAACUUAAUUCAAGAAAUGGUCGCUGUUCAAAAGAAACAGGCUGGGACACUUCACUAGAUGCCGUGCUGAUAGGAGUCUUUUCGCUCUCACCAGAGGGCGUACAUCGUACCCAGGCGGCCACGAUCGUGCCAACCGCGAUACAACCAACGGGAUUUCAAAAGUAGCGAACUGAAUCUAUUUAAUUACAGGACAUUGAUAUAAACUGACUUAUUAUUGGCCUAGUUUGAUCACCUACUAUUGUACAGGCAAGAAAGAAACAGGAAGUGAUUCUGCACAUGCGCGUGCCGGUUGAACGCAUUUCUGGUUUACUACAGUAGAGCUUACUACUCUCAGUUGUCGGAGGUAAAGAAGUUCUUAUACAAAUAUGGCGGCGCCCAUGGCAGUCUCUCUUUACAUUCCUUUAUUUUAAUACUUUUGACAAUUGAACAGGUCGAAUUACCAUCUGGACACACUCUUUCGUCCACCAUGUGUUCCACCUGUAUUAAUUUUUGAUAUUUAUAAAGAACAACAAAUUCAAAUAAAACACUGUAAUUGCUUUAAUUCCACAGACCAUCAACAUUUUCUAACCCUUCUCGGCUAUUCUGAAACUAGAAGAACCACGAUCAUCUGCUACUUGAACUAUAGUUAAAAAGGUAUACGUCGAAUCUGUUCAUUACACGCAGUUCCGGAUGUCACAAUCGUUCAACUAUAGCUGGAACAACUGAUACGCGUAUUAGACCUUCCGGACUAUAGUUACAAUUGCACUGGAGCAAGGACGUACUAUGGAAAACACUAUUGUUUGCUUCAAGUGUGUCCAAUAGUGAAGAAUCUUAUGAAAAACGAUUGUUUGAAGUGAUAAGAAGUUCUGCAAAUUUCUAUGAUAUCCAAUCAUACUGUGGAUUUGUACGGUAUACAACUAUUUACGGACAGUACCGUUUACCAGUGCUAACUAUAUAUACGUAUCAUUCCUCUUUUUGUGUUAAAAAGAGAUGUAUUGUGUCACGUGAGUCUAAUAAAAAAUAACUUGCCAUAAACGCUAUUCACGAAUACCGAGUUCGUGAAGUGUUUAUUAUCUGAAAAUUAAAAUAAAAGCAUUCAUAAACGAAGGCGCAUUAGCGUAUUUAUACAUUUGAAAACUAAUCACACAUUAUAAUUUACUACACAUUUAUCAUUAAAUGUAUAAGUAGCCACAGUUGGUGCAUGGUGUUUUUCCCUAGUAUGAAUUUGUGCUACUGUCAAGCCAAGUCGUCGCCUUAUUUCCAAAGUGCCGUAACUAGCUUUUUGACAGUUUUGGGAAGCGACAUUUAAAGAUUUAAGUGGCAAUGACUUUACACAACUUACAGCCUUGUUAAACUAAAAUUUAGCCUGUUUAAGUUAGUUCUACAAGGACACAAAUUAACCAUCAUACAGAGGCUAAUGACACUAAAAUCUUAAUUUUGCCAAAAAAUGGACGUACGUCAUUCUGGAAGUAAGGCGACCGGAAGUGUCAGGUUUUUAACACAAGGCUCUCACUAUACGACCAUUUAAUUGUGAAAACAACUCAACAUACACAUUUAGUUUAUAUAUUUACUUUAUUUAGUCAAGUUAAAUAGAUUUGAUGAGGAUUUUCAACAUAAAAUGACAGAAUAUGUCAGUCAAAGAUGCCGCUAUCUUGAAGUAAAGAAAGUCAAGUUGAUAGGAUUAAUAUUUCAGAGCGGAGUGACAUAUUUUGUACAUACAUUAAAUAUAACUAAUUUGGUCACGUAAAUAAAAUUAAAAACAUUGAAAUAAACUUAUAAAUUGAACGUUUAAUCAUCGACUGACAUGCAAAAUAUAAAAAGGCGAUCCUUUUACUAUUUCGUCAACAUAUUCUUCCUAUUUUGUCAACAUAUUCUUCCCAAUUUAUGUCA